ACUUUUUUCUCUUUCAUGGCGAGAGUCACAUUCUCUUGAUUUUCUCUUGUUAAUUCUCAUUUAUUUCUCUCUCUCACCAAGAAGAUUCAUUCUCCAUUCUUAUCAUGUUCAUCUGCAAAUGAACUUCUCCAUGUGAAGAUAAAAUCAGCUCGACCAUCGAUCUAAUUAAUCUUAAUCACAAUUCGCUUCCAAUUCCUUGAGACAUCAACUGUUUACUUCUGAUUCUUUGCUUUAUAAGCUCAGAAAACGAGAGAAAAAAGAGACGAUUACAAUUUAAUCGUUACUAAUCAUUGACCUGAAUUCCGUUAAAGAUUACAAGGUUCAAAGACUUAAAUGUAUCCUCGAGAUUGGAAAAUUUAAAUUCUGUCCAAAUCGAUGACAAUUAAGUGUGAUUGAUUGACUUGUAACAAUCAAAUGGUUUGUUUACAUUUUUACUUUGUUUGUUAUUGAAUUUUGAUCAGUACAAUUGACCAUCAAUGGAUCGCUCCGUGAUCAAUAUAAAUGUUGGCCUUUUAGGUCACAUUGAUUGUGGUAAAACAAGUUUAGCUCGUACCUUAAGUAGUAAAUUGUCCACCGCUUGUUUUGAUAAACACCCUCAGAGUCAAGAACGAGGGAUUACUUUGGAUCUUGGUUUCUCUGCUUUCUUAAUCUCUCCUCCGGAUCAUUUGGUGACAAUUUAUCCUUCAUUGGAACAGCUUCAGGUCACUUUAGUUGAUUGUCCUGGUCACGCAUCUCUGAUCAAAACAAUCAUCUCCGGUUCACAAAUAAUUGAUCUCAUGUUAUUGGUUAUCGAUGUUACCAAAGGAUUACAAACUCAAACUGGUGAAUGUCUCAUCAUUGGUGAGAUUACCUGUCAACAGAUUAUUGUCAUUCUCAACAAAGUUGAUCUAAUACCCGAAGCUAAUCGUCCACAGGCCAUUCUUAAGAUGUCUAGAAGAAUCAAGAAAACAUUGGAGAAGACAAAAUUUUCCUCUGCACCGAUAAUCCCGAUUUCUGCUACCAAAGGAAUCGAUAAAGAGAAUCACCAUAAUUGGGGAAUCGAUGAACUAAUCAAAACAAUUCGAGGUGAAAUCAGAUCAAUUGAAAGAGACCCUAAAGGACCAUUUAUGUUUGCCAUUGAUCAUUGUUUCUCAAUUAAGGGUCAGGGGACAAUUAUGACUGGAACUGUAAUCCAAGGAUCAGUAAAGGUCAAUGAGACUAUUGAAAUCGCCUCAUUGAAAACCCAAAAGAAAGUGAAAAGUAUUCAAAUGUUCAAGGAAUCGAUCGACGAAGCCAUUCAAGGAGAUCGAAUUGGAAUUUGUGUCACUCAAUUUGAUUCGAAAAGUUUAGAAAGAGGAAUCGCAUCUUCCCCUGGUUACUUAGAAUCAUGUUACAUGCUAAUUGUGAACAUUGAACGAAUUGCUUAUUUCAAGGGAACAAUCGAGAGUAAAUCAAAAUUCCAUAUCACGAUUUUCCAUGAGACAAUAUUGGCACGAAUCGAACUAUUUUCAUCGACAAACAAAUCACCGGAAAACGAAAAAAGUUUCAACCUAAAUUGUGAAUAUUUAUCGUUAAACAAAUUAGACGAUGAAACAAAUUAUUCUCAUGAUGAUGAUGAACCCAAUUCACCAAUUGAAAACAAAUCAAUCUAUGGAUUAAUCUAUUUGGAAAGACCAGUGAUCGCUUCAAUUGGCUCUCUUGUGAUCGCAUCUAAAUUGGACACUUCGAUCAAUAUGAAUACCUGUCGAUUGGCCUUUCACGGGAAAGUUUUACAUAAAGUUACCGAUAAAGAUUUCGCUGAUUCCUGGUUACCUUCAUUGAAAAUUUACAAAAUUAAAUCUAAAAAAGGGACAAUUGAAAGGAUUCCCAAUGAAUAUGAAGCAAUUGCAAAUAUCUUCAAAAAGGAAACAAAUUUAAAUAUUUUCCAAGGAUUUAAAGUAACUCUUUCCACCGGUGAAAUUGGUUAUAUUGAUGGUUCCUUUGGAUUAAAGGGUAAAGUAAAGAUUAGGAUACCGGAAGGGAUUAAGGAUAAAUCGUUGAUCAGUAAAAUUGGUAAAAAGGGUAAAAAUAAUACCGAUAAUCAGAUAAUUGUUACCAUUACAUUUAAACGUUACAUUCAUGAUAAGGAGAAAAAGGUUGUACAAUUAUAAUGACAAUUUGAUUUUGCAUCUUUGUUUGCUUGUUCCAAUACAUUUUUAUAUAAAUAACGUAAUUAUUUCAACAAUCUAACUGUAAUUGUGACAAUUAAAUUGUUAAAAUAAUAUUUUUAUUAUUUUGUUUUGGCAAGAAUAAAGUUUUACAUGAAAAAUAAAUAUAAGAUUAACUCUAUGA